CACGUCAUACUUCUGCUGCAGUAGACUUCAACCCUCCUACAAAUUUCUCAAUAGUCUUCGUAUUCUGUGAAUAGCUGCUGUACAUAGCCACCGCACCACGUUGCUGAUCCGAUAGCACUUUCAAGCUUCAGUGAGGUGUGAUAUAUUCUCGGUAGGAGAUAUGGCAUCACUGUCAGCCGUCAUCUGCAAUGUUCCCAGCGUCACCGCUGCGAGUUUGCGUGGUACCGGGAAGAUCGGCAACCAGCUGAAUGUGCAUGGGCUCGGGCCUCAACUGAGCGUAAGGAGACAAUUCAGAUCCGUGGGAAGGCUGAGCGUCCGUGCCUCCCGACAGCAGGAGCAACAAAAUGUGCCCCUCCCUGGCACGAAGGUGGAGAUCACCGAAGAGCAAGUGAAGAAGAAUGAGCAGGAGGAGCCUCUGCGCGUGUUCGACAACACGGCUGCGGGCAAAUUCGCUCGCCCUGAGAGCGAGCGCCGACCGGAACUUGGCAACACGGACUUCGUUAGUGUGAUGAAGUUCGACGGACCUGCACCCGAGACCAUCAACGGAAGGCUAGCCAUGCUCGGUAUUACGUGGGCUUUCGCUGCGGAGGUCAUGACUGGCCAGAGCAUCGUCCAACAGGUUGUGAACAGCACCGGUUUAUUAUGGUUUCUGGCGGUUGCUCCAAUUUUCAUCGGAGCAUCCUUUGUGCCUAUUUUCGGGUGGAACGAGUCUCCAGAUAGCAGAGCAUUUGGCCCCUUCAACGCCAAGGCCGAGAGGUGGAAUGGACGAGCAGCAAUGAUUGGGUUCUUUUCGAUGAUCGUCACCGAGCAGCUGUUGUUCCACGGACCAGUCUUCGGAUUUCUUCACCACUAAAUUUGUCGACACAAUAUCCGCCUGCCGCAUCGUCGCCACUAGAAGCUGGGACUUAGAAAUCUAGAUUUACAACAUAAUUUGAUCGAUCAGUGAAAACUAGUUGUUAAACUACCUAGCUAAGAUUAGAAGUCGACGAUGUUAAGAUAGCCAGAAGCAACCCUUCCACCCGGGCAAAUUAAAGGUGAAGCGAAUGCAAUGUACAAUACAUGUACAAUAUUUCCAAUUCCAUUUGGUCUGUAUCAACUCC